AUGUUGGUGCAAUCCUCCCCUCCCCGUCCACACUUCCCUGUCCAGGCCCGACCGCUGCCCGCCCUGCACUCGAACGUGCUGGCUGCCAGCGAGUCGUGGUCACAGCUGUCGCUAUGCUUUCCAGACAGCCCUAACACGGCGCCGUCGUCAUCACCGCUCCAAAACCGCAUCCGCAAUGCGCUGGGAAGAGGUCUUCACACAGAUGCUGACAUGUUCUCGACGUGCAGCAACGCCAAUCGUGGCACGCGGUCGUCCUUCAGACCUGCGCGCGCCGCUAAGGGCACAAACAGUUGGCAGCUUAAGCAGUUCGCCGAGGCGACACUGGGAAGCGGCAGCUUGAGAAAGGUUGUGCGCCUGCCCGAGGGUGAAGACAAGGACGAAUGGCUGGCCGUCAAUGUUGUCGACUUCUACAACCAGAUCAACUUGCUGUACGGCGCCAUUACAGAAUUCUGCAGCCCGCAAUCGUGUCCCGAGAUGAAGGCAACCGAUGAGUUCGAAUACCUUUGGCACCAUCCCCCAGAGUUCCCUCGUCCCGUCCGUCUCCCCGCUCCCAGCUACAUCUCGAACCUCCUCUCCUGGACCUCGAACCUCCUCUCGGACGCUGCCAUCUUCCCCACCCACCCAGGCGUACCAUUCCCAGCAACCUUCCAAUCCACCAUCAAGCAGAUCUUCAAGCGCCUGUACCGUAUCUACGCACACAUCUACUGCCACCACUACGGCGUCAUCAGAGGUCUUGGCCUCGAAGCCCAUCUCAAUACUGGCUUCAAGCACUACGUCUUGUUUGUGGAAGAGUUUGGACUUGCUGAUGAGGGCGGCAGAAGGGAUGCCAAGGCUGAGUGGUACGGCCCGUUGGGCGAGUUGGUCGAGAGUAUGUUGCGCAGCGACUAA